AACCAUCAGAAAUAUUUAGCUCAUAGAAGGUAAUGCAAUUACCACCGUUGCUUUUCACGGCCUUGUCAACUCUUCGAUACUGCAAGCCCCGCGCCUCUUUUCAUCCGUCUUCGAUCGCCUUUUCUUCCUCGCCAAAACCGACUCUCAGCAGUCACCACUCUCGUCUUUACAGCACUAGUAGCAACAAUUAUAGCAGCAUCAUGUCUGAUUUCAAACGCGCGAAGUUGGAUGACUCUGUAUCGACAAAAGUGAUCGGAACCCAUUCUGGAUCCUUCCAAGCCGACGAGGCCAUGGGAUGCUUCCUCCUCCGCCAACUCCCCGAAUACAGAUUGUCGAAAAUCGUACGAUCCCGCGACCCAAAGGUAUUGGAAACCUGCGACAUCGUGAUUGACGUCGGCGGGGUUUACGACCACGAGAAGAAACGCUAUGAUCACCACCAAAGAGAUUACGACGAGAGAUUUGAUUCCGGAAAAGAAGGCUUAACCGACGGUAGAUGCACAAAAUUGUCGGCUUCUGGUCUAGUUUAUCGUCACUACGGCAAAGAAGUGAUCAAAGCAUACUAUCCUAAUCUCUCGGGUGAGCAUCUGGACCUGGUUUAUACCAAAAUCUACGACUCGCUUUUGGAGGCGCUGGACGCUAUCGAUACGGGUGUUGAAAUGUCAACAACAGAGUUGGUAUACCGCGACACAACUGGACUCUCAAGCAGAGUAGCCAGGCUGAAUCCACGCUGGAACGAAGUGAAUGAAAAUGGCGAGCCUCCCGAAUACGACGAACGCUUUAUGAAAGCUUCGAACUUGUGUGGGGAAGACUUUCUGGCCGUCAUGACAAAAAUUGUUGAGAGCGAUCUCCCGGCCCGUGAGGUUGUCGAAAAAGCAGUUCUCGCGAGAUUAGAAACGGACCCAUCCGGCGAAAUCAUAUGCUUUCCAACCGGGGGUUUGCCCUGGAAAGGCCACUUGUAUGAACUGGAGAAGUUGCACAAAGUGGAACCCUUGAUCAAAUUCGUGCUUUACACAGAUCAAGGUGGCAUGUGGCGAGUGCAGGCCGUGACCGUUGAAGGAAAGGCGUUUGAAAACCGCCUCAGUCUCCCGGAAGAAUGGAGGGGAGUACGAGACGAAGAUCUCGAAAAACUUACCAACAUUAAAGGCUGCAGAUUUGUUCAUGCCGCAGGAUUCAUCGGGGGGAAUACCUAUUUUGAAGGUGCAUUGGAAAUGGCCCGAAUUGCACUUCAAGGAUCUAGUAAAUGAAAUCAAUGACGACUAUAGUC